UAUAAAGAAGAGGGUAAGACAGCUAUUAGCGUUUAAAAAUGAAUGAAGAGAAUAACAUCGACAGCAGCAGCAGCAGCAUCUUCAUCUCUGUCUGUCACUCUCCACAGAACUGCUCUUCAUUCUCCUCAUCUCUUGGCGGCGAUUGUUGUUGCUGCUGCUAGGGUUUCUCUCCUUCAUCCUUCAAGAGCUACUCUUUUCGCUUCCUUCUCUUCUUCUUCUUCUUCGCCUUUGUUAUCGCACAUCGCAGCCAUGCCAGGGGUUGAUCCACAGGAGAUGGAGUGGCCUGCGAAGAAAGUGAGAGACACUUUCAUCAGCUUCUUUGAAGACAAAAAACAUGUUCACUGGAAAUCUAGUCCUGUUGUUCCUGUCAACGACCCUACUCUUCUCUUCGCUAAUGCUGGUAUGAACCAGUUCAAGCCUAUUUUUCUUGGGACUGCUGAUCCCAAUACCGCCUUGAGUAAGCUAAGUCGUGCAUGCAACACCCAGAAGUGCAUUCGUGCAGGUGGGAAACAUAAUGAUCUUGAUGAUGUGGGGAAGGACACCUACCACCAUACCUUCUUUGAGAUGUUGGGAAAUUGGUCAUUUGGAGAUUAUUUCAAGAGAGAAGCGAUUGGAUGGGCCUGGGAGCUUCUAACUAAGAUCUAUAAAUUGCCUGCUGAUCGAAUUUAUGCAACCUAUUUUGGUGGUGAUGAAAAAGCUGGUCUUGCUCCUGAUGCUGAAGCAAGAGAUUUCUGGCUCCAAUUUUUGCCACCUGAGCGGGUGCUGCCAUUUGGUUGUAAAGAUAAUUUUUGGGAGAUGGGUGAUACUGGUCCAUGUGGCCCUUGCACUGAAAUACAUUAUGAUAGAGUUGGUAAUCGUGAUGCAUCUCAACUAGUCAAUAAUGAUGAUCCUACAUGCAUCGAGAUAUGGAAUCUUGUUUUUAUUCAGUUCAAUAGGGAAAGUGAUGGCUCCUUGAAACCUCUGCCUGCUAAGCAUGUUGAUACUGGAAUGGGUUUUGAGAGAUUGACUUCUGUACUUCAGAAUAAGAUGAGCAAUUAUGAUACUGAUGUGUUCUUACCCAUCUUUGAUGCCAUCCAGCAGGCAACGGGGGCUCGACCUUAUUCUGGAAAAGUUGGAUCUGAUGAUGUAGACAGAGUUGACAUGGCCUACAGGGUUGUUGCUGAUCACAUUAGAACACUCUCAUUUGCCAUUGCUGAUGGUUCUUGUCCAGGCAAUGAGGGUCGUGAAUAUGUUCUCAGGCGGAUUCUUCGCCGAGCUGUUCGGUAUGGAAGUGAGGUCCUGAAAGCUCAAGAAGGAUUUUUCAAUGGACUUGUAAAUAUUGUUGUCAAAGUGAUGGGUGACGUUUUCCCUGAGCUAAUACAAAAUGAAGUACGCAUUAGGGAAAUAAUCAAAGAAGAGGAAGCAAGUUUUGGCAAGACUUUGCUUAAGGGAAUUGAGAAAUUUAAGAAGGCUGCUCAGGAGGUUCAGGGGAAGGUGUUGAGUGGACAGGAUGCAUUUGUAUUAUGGGACACAUAUGGUUUCCCGUUAGAUUUGACUCAGUUGAUGGCAGAAGAAAGAGGAUUAUGGGUUGAUGUUGAGGGUUUUAACAACGCCAUGGACGAGGCAAGGGAACGGUCAAGGAAUGCCCAAAAUAAGCAAGCUGGUGGUGAUAUCAUCAUGGAUGCUGAUGCUACAUCUGCUUUGCACAAGAAGGGUGUUUCUGUUACAGAUGAUUCCUAUAAAUUCAUAUGGUUCCAGGACCAUGAAAGUGUAAUAAAAGCUAUCUACACUGGUACUGAGUUCUUGGGAAGUACUACCUCUAGCAAUGAAGUUGGUAUAGUUUUGGAGUCUACAAGCUUUUAUGCUGAGCAAGGUGGUCAGAUUUUUGAUACGGGAUCACUUGAAGGGACUUUUGGGUCAUUUCAAGUCUCCAAUGUGCAAAUUUUUGGAGGUUUUGUUGUUCAUAUUGGUUCUCUUACUCGAGCGGCUCCCAGACUUUCUGUGGGGGAUAAAGUAAUUUGUAAGGUUGAUUAUGAUAGGCGAACGCUCAUUGCCCCCAAUCAUACUUGUACGCAUAUGUUGAAUUUCGCCCUCAGGGAAGUACUUGGCAAUCAUGUCGAUCAGAAGGGAUCGAUUGUUCUUCCUGAAAAACUGAGAUUUGAUUUUUCUCAUGGAAAGCCUGUGGAUCCUGCGCUUUUAAGGAAAAUCGAGUCAAUUGUAAAUGAGCAAAUCAAAGCUGAAUUAGAAGUAUCUGCAAAGGAAGCAACCCUUUCUGAAGCGAAGCGUAUCAACGGUUUACGAGCUGUUUUCGGAGAAGUCUAUCCUGAUCCUGUUAGAGUUGUGGCAAUUGGUCGAAAAGUUGAGGACCUCCUAGCUGAUCCAGAAAAUAAAGAAUGGUCAUCAAUCUCAGCAGAACUCUGUGGAGGGACGCACAUUUCAAAUACAAAGGAAGCAAAGGCAUUUGCUCUUUUAUCAGAGGAGGGAAUUGCAAAAGGAGUACGAAGGAUAACUGCUGUUACAACUGACGGUGCUUUUAAGGCCAUGGAACUAGCAUCCUUACUUGAGCAGGAAGCUGAUGAGAUAUCCAAGACAGAAGGAAGCUUGCUGGAAAAGAAAGUAGCUUCUUUAAAAAGCCGUGUGGACUCGGCACCUAUUCCAGCAGCCAAGAAAUUUGACAUUAGAACUAAGAUCUCUGCACUUCAGGAUGAAGUAAGAAAGGCACAAAAGAAGAUUUCUGAAGAAAAUAUGCAGAAGGCUGUCAAGAUAGCAACAGAGAUGGCCGAAGUAGCUGCUUCAGAAGGGAAGCAGUUCUGCAUAUCUCGUGUUGAUGUUGGUUUAGAUGCAGCUGCAGUCCGUGAGGCAGUUUCCAAAGUCCUACAGAAGAAGGGGCUUUCUGCUAUGGUUUUUAGUAUAGAUGAAACUACAAACAAGGUUGUGGUGUGUGCGGGAGUGGCAGAAAAGGGAGACAAGAGCAAACAGCUGGAGGUGUCUGAGUGGUUAACUGCGGCAUUGAAACCUUUGAAUGGAAGAUGUGGGAAAGGAAAGGGCGGUCUUGCCACAGGACAGGGAACAGAAGGAGUACAUUUGGACGCGGCCAUGAAUUUGGCAGCAGAAUUUGCACAGAUGAAGCUGAGAUGACAGACUGGAUUCCAAACUUCUAAUGCGUUGUUUGAUGAUGCUAGUUGUCAAGUCUUAUUGUCACUGAAAUUAAUCUCAACACGGAUGAUUUAUGGCUGUUGCUACAAGCAAUUAAAAAGGUGAUGAUUAUAGAGUUGUUAUGUCAUGGACCAUUUAUUAAAUCUAUACGAGGAUUAGAGAAGUUCUAUUUUA